AUGACGGGAGAACUAGUUGCCAAAUUGCAAAGAGUUAGAGCUCAGAUGGACGACCAUGCAGUUCAUUAUGUAGGAGGAGGUGAGUCUUCAAGAGCAGAUGCAAGGAAUUCAGUUUUCAAGCUCAAAUGGAGAUUUGCAACAAUGCCAGAUAAGAAUAAAAUAAAGAUUGCAAUGGACAUGCAUGGUCAUGUUUUAGGAGAACAGGAUCCUUCAGAUGAUGAGGCAUGGGGUAACUGGAAUACAAACAAGUUAAAAAAAUGUAAAAUGGUUGAUAAAUUGGAACAAACAAAGGAUAUUGGAAGUGUUUUAGUAUCAGAGUUUGAGAACGUAACUAAGAUAGAGAAGGAAAUGGAAGCUAAAGGUCUGAUUAAUACUCCAUAUUUAAAUGAGAAAUCUGAAACCAAGAAAAGAGACGAGAUUUUGAAAGAACAAGAAGCAUCAUCUUCCUCUUCUGAUGACGAAGAUUCUGAAAAGGGUAAGAAAGAAGUACAGAGAUUCAACACAAUGCAAAAAGAAUUUAUGCUACAGAACUUGACAGAAUGGUAUAGAGAAAUUGUUAGUCAAUAUAAAGAAGGAAUUAAGUUAAUUAAAGUAGCUAAGUCUGGAAAGAAGUUUAUCAGAAUUGUAAAGCUUACUGAUACUGGUUUCUUUGAAAUUUCCUCUGUUACUUCAAAAAGUGAUAGAAUGGUCCAUUUAACUGAUAUUAAGAAUGUUGAACUGGGAAUAGAAGCUCCAGAGUUCAAGGAAUGCAAGAAAGUGAAUCCUAAGAAUCCACCAGUACCUGGAUUGUCUUGUGUUCUAAAUUUACCUGAUAAAAAGACUUUGUGCCUAAUGUUUAAUGAUGAGGAAGCAAGAAAUUCAUUUGUUUUCAUGAUUAGAGUUUUAAAGAGGAAAUUUGAGAAUUCGAAGUCUAAGUAA